AUGUUGCGUCCUACCACUGAAACGGACGCCGCUGAACACCUAUAUUUUAGGUUUUUUCGAUGUACACUAUCAUUUGGGUCGGAGGAGUUUUGUCUUCUGACCGGACUUUACAUGGGCCGAUGUCCUAAAUCAAGGAUUGAAUUUUCAACCAUGUAUAAACACGGAUAUGAUGAAAAUACAUUUCGGUCCAGAGUCUUCCCAUAUUGCACAUACACUUCUUUAGUUGUAGAAGAUUUAGAGCUCCUUAUCUUGAAUCAACGGUUUAAUGACAUAUCGGCUCAAGACGGUGUCCGUUCCAUUUUGCUAAAUAUCCUCAAUCAAGGUCUUUUAGGAAAGGAUCUUAAUGAUAAAGUCAUCAAUGAAUAUUUGUGGGUGGUGGAGAACCUGAAUCAAUGGAAUAUGUAUUUGUCAAUUUAA